GACAUGGACAACCUAAUUUUUAACAAUCAAUAUCUAAUCUUAAUUUAUAUGUUUUAGUGUUAAAUAAAAACAGAUUAUUUUGUUUCAUGAAAACAAUGAAUCUAGUAGAUAAGUGUAGGACAUGUCUGGGCAGUGAUAAUCAUAUGCGCCAUAUACAUAGUUGCAUCAAAAUUGCCGGUGAAGAUAUACGUUUCUCCGAAAUUUUAGAAAACUUUUAUGAUUACAAGGUUUCUCUGGACGAAUCAUAUCCACAAAAUAUUUGCAUCAAUUGUGUUCAUCAACUAACAAUAACAUAUUCCUUCAAAGUUCUCAUAGAAAAUAGUGCAAAGCAGUUGGCUGAGAACAUAGUAAAUUUAGAAACGGAUGUUGACAAUUAUUGUGAGUUAAUUUAUGAGUCUGACCAUGGAGAAGAAUCACAAACAAAUAAUUAUAAGGAAAAGAAAAGAAAGGGCAGAGGAGAGACGAGAAAGUCACUAGUGAUCGACACAGAAAAUGAAAUACAAACAUUAUUUUGUGUGGAGUGUAAAGCUGACUUUUCUUCAGUAAAAGCACUCGGUGAGCAUUGCAACAGUAGUCAUACUGUGAAAUGUACAGUUGGCAGAGAUUGUGAAUACUGUAAUGAGAAGUUUGAUGACUUUCGCUCCCUAGUCCUGCAUAGAAAGUUGCACAUGAGGCCAUACUUGUGUGAAAACUGCUGGGAUGGCUUUUAUAACUUGAAUGAUUUGAAUGCUCACUCUUGCCAGCCCAAUAAAACCAAAAAGGAUAAAGGCAAGUCCGAGAGAGUGCUCAGGCAGUGUGAUCAGUGUGGCAAAUCUUAUCCACCCGGAUAUAUUAGGAUCCACAUGUUAACACACAGUAACAACCAUCCUUACAGUUGCAAAUAUUGCCCAAAGAAAUUUAAGGUUCCUGGUGGUCUCCACUCCCAUGUACUAUGGAAUCACAAGAGAACAAGAAAUCAUAAAUGUGAAGUUUGCAAUGCCACGUUUAUAUCAUCCAGCUCCAGGAGUUCUCAUAUUCGUAAGAACCAUCUGAAAGAGAAAAAGUAUGGUUGUGACAGUUGCGGAAAGAGGUUUUUCUCAAAAUCUGAACUGCAAAGACACUCUUUGACUCACACAGGGGUAAAGAAUUUCCAUUGUCAUUUAUGUGACAAGUCAUAUCAGACUCGGUAUGGUCUAAAUGUUCACUUGAAAUCCCACUCACAAAUGCCAAUGAAUGUUUUAAGUUUGUAAAAUUUUAAAUAGGUAAACAUUGGCAUAUAUUCAGAAGUACAAAAUUUUAUAAUGAUCUCAUUUUCUUAGUUGUGUUAAAUAAUAUUAUGGAAAGCAAUGCAAAUGACUUUUAUUGUCACAAAUGUUUUUAGUCUCUUAUUUAAUAGCAAAUUUGAGGUGAUGAUAAAAUUGAGUAUUAUCAUAAUAAUCUUAAUCAAAAUCAUUGAUUCAGUUAAGGCUGUAACAAGCACUCAUGAAUGCCUAGAAGCUACACCAUCAGUUCAUAAAUCUACGGUGGGAGACCUUGUUCUAAGAAGAACCAGCAAGAAACUCCACAAGGGCUGUUUUUUUCCCCCUGUUUUAUUAUUACAGAGUCCUCAAGUUGAAAAACGACUUCAGAGAUGAUUCAUAGAGUCACCUUUCAUUACAUAAUGUGAAAUACACAUUAAUUGUUCACCUGCAUUUUGAUUCCCUAUAAUGGGCACUCUUGCUAGUAU